CUCCAGAUUCCUUCCAAGUGGCCGAUAUAUAAGCUCCUUCUCGAUAUCUGCCAACAUAAUAGCUUUGGGCUGCUCAGUCGCUGCAGCACGUCAACCAACUCUCAUUUGCUCUUCUGUUCUCCCAUUUCGUGUCCACACAGAAAAUCAUCGCCGUCUCCGGCUUUGGCCUCCAGUCUCACAACAUGGACCAAGCCGUGAGCCAAGAGAAGUCCAGUGAGCUGGAUGGAUCGCGCAACCAGAACAAUGUCGAGCUGAGCUCCGCCGGCGAAACGAAGCCAGAAGCCAGCUCGAGCGACAAGGCCGAAUCCACUACGAAAGAAGAGCCGGAGGACGAGUCCAAGUAUCCCAGUGGCAUGCGCCUGGGCCUUGUCAUGCUCGCGCUCUGUCUCGCGGUCUUUCUCAUGUCUCUGGACAACAGUAUCAUCUCCACUGCCAUACCUAAGAUCACAGAUGAGUUCAACAGUCUUGGUGAUAUAGGAUGGUACGGAAGCGCCUACCUCCUGACCACGGCCUCUCUUCAACUGGUCUACGGAAAGUUCUAUUCUUUCCUGCCCAUCAAACUUGUGUACCUAGCCGCCAUCUUCAUCUUCGAGGUCGGCAGCGUCCUCUGUGGCGCGGCGACAUCCUCGCAGAUGCUCAUUGUGGGCCGUGCCAUCGCUGGCGUGGGCGCCGCAGGCGUCUUCUCGGGCUCGUUGAUUAUCCUAGCCCACUCCGCACCGCUUCGCCGGCGCCCUCUUUACACUGGUCUGAUAGGAGGCGUCUACGGGAUCUCCAGUGUCGCCGGUCCGCUGCUUGGAGGGGCCUUUACUGACGGGGUCACCUGGCGUUGGUGCUUCUACAUCAAUCUGCCCAUUGGCGGUCUUGCUCUGGGUGUCAUUGCCAUCUUUUUCCCGGAGCCCGCCCGAAAAAUUGAUGCCGCCAAGGGGUGGAAGGAUAGGAUCAUGUCGUUCGACCCGAUAGGGACUGCGGUUUUGAUACCUGAUGUCAUUUGUCUCCUGCUGGCCUUGCAGUGGGGUGGUACAACCUAUGCAUGGUCCGACGGCCGCAUCAUUGCCCUCCUCGUCCUCUUCUCGGUCCUCCUCAUCACCUGGAUCCUUCUCCAGUACUUCCAAGGCGAGCGCGCGACUGUUCCCGGACGCAUCAUUCGCCCACGAUCAGUCUGGAGCGCUUGCCUGUUCAGCAUGUGCUGCGGUGCCGUGUUGUUCGUCGCAAUUUAUUACCUCCCGAUCUGGUUCCAGGUCGUCAAGGGCGCCUCAGCCGUCCAAUCCGGCAUCGAUAACCUGGCCCUCAUCCUCGGCGUGACGGUCGGUUCAAUCUUCGGCGGUGCUCUGACCACUGUAUGGGGCCAGUACGCGCCCCUCAUGGUCGCCGGGGCGGCGUUGUCGAGCGUCGGGUUCGGGCUGAUUACCACCUUCAGCCCUGAUACCGAGAGCGGCCGCUGGAUCGGAUACCAGGCCCUGGCGGGUUUCGGUCUCGGUCUGGGCACGCAACAGCCCAUCGUGGCUGUCCAGAAUGUGCUCGCGCUCAUCGAUGUCCCCACGGGCACGACGCUGCUGGUGUUUGUGCAGACGAUCUCGGGAGCGAUAUUCAACAGCGUCGCCCAGAGCGUCUUUACCAACAAGCUCCAGCAGAACAUCAUCGAGUAUACGCCCGGGCUGAAUCCAGCCAUCGUCCUGGGCACGGGUGCUACCGCCGUACAGUCGUCGAUUCCGGCGGAGUAUUUGGAUGGCGUGAGGCUCGCAUACAACAAUGCUCUCAAUCGCGUCAUGCUCAUCCCAGCCGUUAUAGCAGCGGUCAGCGUCAUCUUCGGAUUCACUAUCGAAUGGCGGAGCGUCAAGGGCAAGGACAAGAAGAACGCUGACGUGUCGGCUACUUUGGAGGCUGCUUCUGAGCCGCAAGCCGAGGCCGGCAAGGGUAAACACAAGAAGUCUUGUUGUGCCUGAACAUCUACAUAGCAUAGAGCAUUAUGCGCAGCUCUCGCGACCGACUAUUUGACCCCACUUAAUAAUAGAGAUGCUCUCCC